GGAGUUCUGUACAAACACCGGGUUGGAAGACUAAUCCUAAACCAAUUAAGAACACUAACCCACAGGAGGCCUGAUAUGCAAACUGCUCUUUAAACCCGCCGGAGGAACUACAGAAAGUAGUCUUACAGGGCCGUUUGCAUUUACCACUGUCUGGGGCUGCUGUUCUUUCACCUUGUUCCUGCCUGCCUGAAACUUUCUCCUUGCUUUCCCAGUAGGCAGGCAGACCGAUGGGUUGAGGAAAGAAGCCACUACUUGCUCAUCUACCUUUUCAGCUGGUGGACCAGGGUCUAUCUAAUUCCCUGGGUCAAGGAUGGUGGAUGCAAAAGUCGUCACAGGCCCCAGCAUCUUCUUCCACGGGGCACAGCGCAGUGCUGUCAGCCGUGUCCUAGUGAAACGUCCUUUCUAUAAGGUGUCCUGCUGCUGCCAUUCUAGGUCGCCCCUGCUCACUGAGUCUACUUGUAGCCGCCUGCUCUACAUCCUACUCCACAUGGGGGCCUCAGCAGUCUGCUGUCUCCUGCUAUCAAGGACAGUAGUGGAAAGCAUCUGGGGCAAGGCACACGGAAUCCAGAUGCCCUCAGAACUGUGUUCCCGUUUUUUUGGCCAGUCACACUGCCCAGUGAUCAGUGGCUCUGGAGCUGUGUACCGAGUGUGUGCUGGGACUGCGACCUUCCACCUGCUGCAGGCUGUGCUGCUGGUCCACCUCCACUCCCCGGCCAGCCUCCGGGCACAGCUGCACAACAGUUGCUGGCUCCUCAAGCUGCUGUUCCUGCUAGGUCUCUGUGCUGUCGCCUUCUGCAUUCCCGAUGAGCAGCUCUUCCCAGCAUGGCAUUACAUUGGCAUCUGUGGAGGCUUUACAUUCAUCCUGCUGCAGCUGGUGCUUAUCACAGCCUUCGCCCAUUCCUGGAACAAAAACUGGCAAACAGGUGCAGCCCAAGACUGGCGCUGGUUCCUAGCAGUGCUGCUGGCCACCCUUGGAUUCUACAGCCUGGCAGGUGUGGCAGCUCUGCUCCUGUUCCACCACUACACACACCCAGCUGGCUGUCUGCUCAACAAGAUGCUGCUUGGUCUGCACCUCUGUUUCUGUGGCCUCCUCUCCUUCCUCUCCAUUGCUCCCUGCAUCCGUCUCAAGCAACCUCGCUCAGGCCUCUUACAAGCCUCCAUCAUCAGCUGCUACAUCAUGUACCUGACCUUCUCUGCGCUGUCCAGCCGUCCUGCGGAAAGUGUAACUCUUCAUGGACAGAAUCAAACACUGUGCAUGCCUGGGCUGAGCAAAAUGGAAUCUCAAACACCAGAUACCUCUCUGGCAGUGCUGAGCGCUAGCAUCAUGUAUGCGUGUGUGCUUUUUGCUUGCAAUGAGGCUUCCUACCUGGCUGCGAUAUUUGGGCCUUUGUGGAUUGUCAAGGUUUACAGCUAUGAGUUCCAGAAACCUUCACUCUUUUUCUGCUGUCCUGAAACAGUGGAGCCAGAGGAAGGUCAAAGAGCCGGGACUGCCAGGCCGACUGACCGAGAGGCCUCUCCAGCUCCACCGGAGCAAGCCCAGCAUCUUUCCUACAGCUACUCUGCCUUCCACUUUGUCUUCUUCCUCGCAUCACUCUAUGUUAUGGUUACCCUCACCAACUGGUUCAGCUAUGAGGGGGCAGAACUGGAAAAGACUUUCACCAACGGCAGCUGGGCUACAUUCUGGGUCAAGGUUGCCUCGUGCUGGGCCUGCAUACUACUCUAUUUGGGGCUGUUACUGGUACCGCUCUGCUGGUCUCCUACCCAGGACACACAGCUAAUCUUUAGGCAAAAUCGUAUUAGUAUUGUCAGAAAAUGAAUACUUUAAAAUAAAAUGAGGUCCCUUAAGGUUGUA